GUUGCCAGCGACCGGACGCACCGGGCCGGGGGCUGGGGUGGGACCCGGUGGGCGCCAUGGAGCUGCUCUCGGCGCUGAGCCUGGGCGAGCUUGCCCUCAGCUUCUCGCGGGUGCCCCUCUUCCCUGUUUUCGACCUUAGCUACUUCAUCGUCUCCAUCCUCUACCUCAAGUAUGAGCCAGGAGCAGUUGAGCUGUCCCGGCACCACCCCAUGGCGUCCUGGCUGUGUGCCAUGCUGCAUUGCUUUGGGAGUUACAUCCUGGCUGAUCUGCUCCUUGGGGAGCCCGUGAUCGACUACUUCAGCAACAACUCCAGCAUCCUGCUGGCCUCAGCGGUCUGGUACUUGAUUUUCUUCUGCCCCCUGGACCUCUUUUACAAGUGUGUCUGCUUCCUGCCAGUGAAACUCAUCUUUGUGGCUAUGAAGGAGGUGGUGAGAGUUCGCAAGAUCGCCGUGGGCAUCCAUCACGCCCAUCACCACUACCACCACGGGUGGUUCGUCAUGAUCGCCACCGGGUGGGUCAAAGGCUCUGGUGUCACCCUCAUGUCCAACCUUGAGCAGCUGCUCCGAGGGGUCUGGAAGCCAGAAACCAACGAGAUUCUGCACAUGUCCUUCCCCACCAAGGCCAGCCUGUACGGAGCCAUCCUCUUCACCCUCCAGCAGACCCGCUGGCUCCCAGUGUCCAAAGCCAGCCUCAUCUUCAUCUUCACCAUGUUCAUGGUAUCGUGUAAGGUGUUCCUGACGGCCACCCACUCCCACAGUUCCCCCUUUGAUGUCCUGGAAGCCUACGUCUGCCCUGUGCUGUUUGGGUCGGCCUCGGGGGGCGACCAUCACCAUAACAACCAUGGUGGAUCCCAGGGUGGCAGCGGGCCUGGCUCCCCACACUCACCCCUGCCCGCCAAGUCCAAAGAGGAGCUGAGUGAGGGCUCCAGGAAGAAGAAGACCAAGAAGGCAGAUUAGCGGGCAGCCCAGGGGGUCUUUAGGGCACCAGGGAGAGGACCCAGACCCAGGACCUGGGUUCCGUUCUCCCCUCUCCAGGCCUCUGCUUCCCUGUCUGCAAACUGGGGCCAUCAGCCCACCCUCCAGGGCUGAUGUGGGGGGUUAAAUGAGAUAUGGGGGGUGAAGGGCAUUUGUAGGAAUGGGGGGUCCCUUUCUCCUUCUGCCAAGUCCCCAUAGAGUUACAGCUUUGGGGGAGCGGUCCACAGGAUCCCAGCAAUAGCUCCAACCAGAAACCUUGGCAGUUACGUUCUUGGUCGUGUUACGUCCUCUCGAAAAUGACACCUUGACUCUGAAAGAAUUUCAAGCCAUGUUGAGGCUCAUCCGUUUGAUGGGUGUUUACUGUCUGCUGUAAGGUAGCUGCUGUGAUUUCCACGUCUCUUCCUGUCAACUUCUCCUGGGCAUCCCUGGGCAAGCUGCCCCCUGCUCUGAGCUCUGUGUGCCCAUCAGUAUAGCGGCCCCUCACCCCAUUCUGUAUACAAGGGCUACUGUGAGGCUGGACCUGACAAACCAGCUUUGUAAGCUCAGAAGCACAACGCAGUCAAGCGGUGAGGCCCUGAUGGGUGUUCAUCGUGCUUAAAAAAUAGUUUUGCAUUUUAGAUCUUUUGUGUUUGUGGCUUGGAGAACCCCACAAAUUACCUGGAACAAAGGAGGCCUUCAGUAGAUGUGUCUAGGCCAGACUUAAGAGCGUGGAGGGGUGAGGGAGGCUUGUUCUGAUCCUUGGCUUCAGGUUGCCCCCUAAACCAAAGAAAUGCAGCUGGCCGGGCGGGGGUUCCAAGAUCUGGCUCUAGUCCAGGGGCUUCAAGCCCUCACUGUCGGACUCCAGAAGCCCCACGAGGCCUCCCUCAGUGCUGGCGUCCUUCAUUGCCGCUCGCUCAGUCAUUCAACAAACACUUGCCUACUAUGUGCCAAAUCUCGUGCUGCUACUGGGCAGGCUGGGAACUUGAUUUGGGGUGAGCAAGGGGGUGGCAGCUGAGCGCCCCUCCUGGCCACCCUCACCUCAGCUUGGGUCACCAGGGUAUUUGAGAAGGGUGGGUGGGUUGGGCAUGGCCAGUCUCAGGUGGGAUUUGGGCCCAGGACUGGCCAGCUUGGGACUGUUCUUUGCAUGUGGGUGCUCAGGGCAUGCUCAGGGCAUCAGCCUGUGGCUGUGACACAUAGGCCUUGGGUUGUUGGGGUCCCAGGUUUCUCCUAAUUAUUGGGAAAGUGCCUUGAUCUGGUGAUGCCCGGGAGCUUGGUGGGUCCUGAGGCUGUAGGGCCCCCAAAUUCCUCCUCUUGCAUGUCUAUCAAGGCUCAGUGUGAAAGAUCAGCAAAUAAAUUUGUUGUGAACGAA